UUCACAAAAUCACAAACAAUGAUGGUUUAAUCUUCAUGCAGACUUUCAAAUUUGUAGUAGAAGGAGGAAUUAAACAUUUGGAGGAUAAAAAUAAAGAGUGCGACGAAAGGAACUGUAAACGGGGUGUCAAUGACCAGUCUUCCUAAUCUGUAAAUGAAAUUGAACAAUUUACUUCGGAACAGUAACUUUGAAUUUUUGAUAAACAGUCUGUAUCAGUUCAUUUGCUGACAGAGCCCACUGUUUACAGAAUACCAUUAUAAAUAUCACUGAAUAUAUACUUGAUUUGAUAAAGACCACACUAUUUGCUCACUAUGAAUGGAGAAAGCUAUUCAGCUCAUCAGAUUCAUGAAAUAAAGCAAUCCUCUCUGUCCCAUUCUCCUGAUUUUCCUAUAUCCCUGCAAAUUAUUCUCUUUCACAUCCCAUCAACUCCCUUCGAUUUUAAUGUCACCUCAUCAAAAGGAUAACUUACAGCAGGCAAUUAACCAAUGUCCACAUCCUUGGGAUGCGAAAUGAAUCUGCAGUAUCUAGUGGAAACCCAUGUGGUUACAGGGAGAUUGGGUGGAGCUCCACAUUGGUAGUCCCAAGGUCAGGAUCAAACCCAGAUCCAUUAGCUAGCAGCCAGAAUUGCUGUGACACAGUGCCGGUAAACUGAAAUAUUUGACUUUACCACACUGAACGAAAGCUGCAGCUUCCUCUUCUGGGAGAACAUCAUAGUGACUCUGUACUCUUUUGAAUUAUUUGCAGAACGUUUUCACCAAAUCACAAUUAGGCAAUUCAGACUAUCAUGCCUGUCCUGGUCUCUUGAAAAUGUGGAAGUGUUUUGUAUCACUUAAUUUAUACAUUUCAUACUUAUAUUAAAAUGCAAAAUGUAACAGCAACAAAUGAAGAGGCAAUGUGAUUCUAAAACGCUUUGUAAUAGUACGUUGUGUGAGAUAUCAUCUCAAUCACAUCUUUGCAAUAAAAACUCAUUCCUCAAAGUCCAUCUAUAGGCAAACAUAGAACAUCAGGGGUUAAUUCUCUAACAAAUUCUUUUCCGAGCCACCGCUCUUCUUAAAACACUUCAGUUUUCAAAAUCCUAUUACAAGCAAACUACUGAAAAUAAUCCCAUUGGUCCUGUCCUUGUUUCUUGCACCAGGGAUUAGGAUUAGUCCGAGACAGGUUGCAUUGAUUGUUUGAUAAUCUUGGAGAUACAAAAUGACAUCGCUAUAUUAUUAAUUGGUUGAGGUUUUGGUUUCUUUUGAGACAUAGUACCCUAGUGAAGCGUGGCCGUAGAGGAACAUAAAUCAUGGCAGCCAACCCUUUGGAAAUUCAACCAAACCUGAAAGCACAAGAGAUGGCUCUGACCCUAGAACCACCGAAACCUGCGGGAGAAAUUAAAUCAGCAACACGAGUAACUGGAGGACCAGCAACUCCUAGGAAAGGACCACCAAAGUUCAAACAGAGGCAAACAAGACAGUUUAAGAGCAAGCCACCAAAGAAAGGAGUACAAGGAUUUGGUGAUGACAUACCUGGAAUGGAAGGUUUAGGCACAGAUAUCACUGUCAUCUGCCCCUGGGAGGCCUUCAGUCACCUGGAACUACACGAACUUGCACAAUAUGGCAUCAUCUGAAAACGGCAAUUGUCCCAAAAUUCCAUGUGCAUUGCUACUCUGGUCAGUGGAGUUCCAGAAGUUCCCUGCCCUUCCCCCUUCGUUUCACCAGUGGCUUCAGAAACACAAGUGGGGCCAGGCCUCACAAUUGCGGACAUGACUGUAAAUAAUAGUACAAUAAACUUUCCUAUUUAAACUCACAGUUCCUUUUACCAUUUUAACAAACAAAAGCAACUAUCUCAAAUUGACGUUUCAACGGCAUUGGCUCUCAUCUUCAACAAAGCUGAGCACUAGCUUUCUAAGAUGCAAUACCCAGAAGAGUGCGCGGUGAGCAUUUUGUAUCAAUGGCCAUAUUUGAAUACGUACUAUUAUGCUUCCUCUAAAUGCAUCUCCUCCAAAACAAUAAGAUGGUACAUAUACAAAUUUAUUCUGAUCACGGUCGAUUUUUUUUAAGCGUUGAACUUUGUAGGAGAACUAUGUUGUCUGGGAUAUUGUGAAUGUGCAAGGUGGAAUUGAAAAAUCUGAACUGUUCCUUAUUUGUGCGUCCUUCUGAAUAAGAGCAUCAGCAUACACAAUCCACCUCUACUGUGAAUAUUGAGCAAAGUCGUUUUUAUCUAAUCUUUUGA